AUGACUUCUCCUCCCUCAUCUCCAUCUCACAAGGCCUCCCUUAGUCAAAUCCUCACUCAUAAGUUAACUCCCAAAAACUAUGUUUAUUGGAAGACUCAAAUAGUUCCUUACCUCAAAGGCCAACGAUUCUAUGGCCAUGUUGAUAGCUCUAAUCCAUGUCCUUUUUAUGCAACCAAAGUUGAUGCCUGGCACGAAAAGGAUGCCCCUAUCAUGAGCAUUAUUAUCUCCUCCCUCUCCGAUGAUGCAAUGCCUCUCGCCGUUGGGCGUGACACAAGUAAAGAAAUAUGGGAUGCCCUUCAUGCAGCCUUCAGUUCUACCUCUACCACACGCAUCCUCUCCCUUAAUGUGGCCCUCCAGAAUCUAGUACAGAAACCCAAGGAGACCAUUACACAGUUUCUCCAUCGGGCCAAGGCCCUCUCUGAUGAGCUCAGUGCUGCAGGAAAACCCCUCCCCACGGAGGAUUCGAACAUACAUAUAUUUCGUGCUCUUUGUCCUAAGUUUGAAUCUGUGGUCUCUGCUGCAAUGGAUCGCAGGGAACCAAUCUCCUACACUGAACUUCAUGGGUUGCUUCUCAGCCGUGAGUACCUCAUUGCAUCUCGCCAGGCCGUGUCCGAUCCGACUGUCGAUGCUGCUGCCAACAUUGCUCAACCAUCUCGCAGCCCUCCCUCUCACCCUUACGGCCGUGGCUCUUCCACUGGUCGUGGUCGUGGUAGGGGAGGCCGUGGUGCUCCUACUGGCCCUAGUGGAUUUGGGCAUUCUAAUGCAUAUGCCCAUAGUCCUUGUACAAUCUAUGGAUGGACCAAUCAUCAAGCCCCGAUGUGCUAUUAUCGUAAUAAACCACCUGGUCAACCCACUCCACCUGCUUUUCCCCCUACCCAUUAG